ACACACACACACACACACACAGAGAGAUCCUCGCGCUGCUGUGCCGGUGUUGAUGGGAUUGUUUUCAUGUAUCGGGGGGCAGCAGCAGCCAUGAGUCCGGGAUGCAUGCUGCUGUUUGUCUUUGGCUUCGUGGGGGGAGCGGUGGUCAUCAACUCUGCCGUGCUGGUCUCUCUCUCCGUUCUGCUGCUGGUGCAUUAUUCUGUCUCUAAUGGCCUGCCCGCCAUCACACACUCCCUGCCCCGCAUCAGCAGGAAGGAGCGCCCCGUCUCUCUGGGUAUCUUUUCAUUGCCGGGAAGUGAUGUGAUGAGCCCCGAUCUGCACAGAGAAGCUGUGGAGACUCCAGAAACGGACACAUGGAGAUAUAACAAUCUCAGCCACCCUUGCUCCAACAUCAGCCUCAAGGAUGAGCUUUCUGGUGCCGGUAGAGGAGAGUCCAAAUCCAGCACAGCCAUGUCUGCAUCGGUGGACACGCCGCAGGGUUUGAGCAGAAACCUGGACUCCAGCAGAGCUAAACCAGACAGCAGGAAGAACAUCGCUGUGGCAGCAGAGACGCCGGCUACAGGAGCCGAUCAAAGUGAGAAUGCAGAGCGGUCGGAGGUCCAGGCGAUCAUUGAGUCCACACCAGAGCUGGACAUGGACCUCAGCGGAUGCAAAGGCUCCGGCACUCCCACUAAAGGCUUGGAGAACAUGGCCUUCGACCGUAACACUGACUCUGUCUUUGAGGAGCUCUCGUCAGCAGGAACUGAUCUCAUAGCAGACGUGGAUGAAGGUGCAGAUCUGCUGGGUGAGUUCUCAGUCUGUUUUCUGCCACAACAAAUGAACAUUUACUCAUUACAUCCGUGUGGCUUUCUUUCUGAAAUGACGUUUGCAAUGCUAUUUCAAACGAUCAGUUUUACUGUGCUGAACAAUAACGGGCCGUGUUUCCCUCAGAGCGGCGUGCCGACGGCCCAGCGCAAGUGCUUCACGCGGGUGGAGAUGGCCCGAGUCCUGAUGGAGAGAAACCAGUAUAAAGAGAAGCUGAUGGAGCUGCAGGAGGCCGUCAGGUGGACGGAGAUGAUACGAACGUCGAGAGAGAAUCCAGCCCUGACUGAGAAGAAAAAGUCCAGUGUCUGGCAGUUUUUCAGCAGGCUCUUCAGCUCUUCGUCCAGCACCACAGCCCAAAAACCAGACGCAGCGGUUAACAUGAAGUUCAACGCACCCAGCUCACACAUCAUCCCCUCGGUGAAGAAGAGGAGCAGCACGCUCGCUCAGCUGCCUAGUGACAAAUCCAGAGCCUUUGACUUCCUCAAUGAGGAGGCUGAGGUGGAGAAUGUAGUGUCUCGUAGAGAGCAGAAGAGAGCUCAGUACAGGCAGGUGAAGGCUCAUGUGCAGAAAGAGGACAGCCGCAUGCAGGCGUACGGAUGGAGUUUACCUCCAAAAUACAAGGUUGCAAAUGGUGGACAAGCAGAUAGUAAAAUAAAAAAUCUGCCAGUGCCCGUCUACCUGCGACCGUUAGAUAAGAAAGAUGCUUCCAUGAAGCUGUGGUGCGCUGCAGGAGUCGAUCUGUCCAGUGGAAAGACACGAGACGGAGGCUCCAUCGUGGGAGCGAGUGUGUUUUAUAAAGAUGUGUCUGGAGGAGAGAGCGGCCUCGGGAAGAAGAGAGGAUCUCGGAGCAGUCUGGAGCGACUGGAGCGACUGGAGCAGGAACUCAAGGAGCAGCAGACGGAGCUGCAGCACCAGGAUGAUCUCUCCAGUCUGGUGUGGAUCUGCACCACCACACACACCUCCUCUAAAGUCAUCGUCAUCGACGCUAACCAGCCCGGAAACAUCCUGGAGAGCUUCUUCGUCUGUAGCUCACACGUGCUGUGCAUCGCCAGCGUUCCCGGCGCUCGUGAAACAGACUAUCCCUCCGGAGAGGAGCUGAGCGCAGACGCCGAGGCCGAAGGGGCUUCUGAAGUCAGCUCCACAGGCUCUGACGGAGGUCUGGAUGGCAUCACUGUCAUGGGCUGCUCUGCAGAAGGACUCGUGGCCAUCCCUCAAACCGUCUGCACCAACUCCAUAGAGUCCUCAGACACCGACGAGGUAGCAGCAGCAGAAGAAGCUCUGGAGGCCCCGGAGAGCCACAGCAACACGCCUGCGGAUGAGAGUCGGCCCGGGAUCUACACCGAACACGUGUUCAUCGACACGCCAUCCAGCUACACGCAGAGGGAGUGUGAUCUGGUGAAGGACGGCGUCAGCUCGAUGCCCGAGGUGCAGGAUCUCGUGAGAGAUGAAGCCUGCAAGAUGAGCAGCGUUCUGCCUACAAUGUGGCUCGGGGCUCAGAACGGCUGUGUAUACGUGCAUUCAUCGGUCGUGCAGCGGAGGAAGUGCCUUCACUCCAUCAAGUUAAAGGAUUCUGUUCUGGGGAUUGUUCAUGUGAAAGGACGUGUUCUGGUAGCUUUGGCUGAUGGCACGCUUGCAAUCUUCCACAGAGCUGUUGAUGGCCAGUGGGAUCUGACCAACUUCCACCUGUUAGAUCUGGGCCGUCCGCACCACUCCAUCCGCUGCAUGACUGUAGUGCAUGACCAGGUCUGGUGUGGAUACAGGAACAAGAUCUUUGUGGUGCAACCCAAAGCCAUGAAGAUCGAGGUAUGGCUUUUCUGUGACAUUCUGGUGAGUGUACAUGUAAUGAGAGUAAUGUGGUUUUUCGCUCCCACAACAGAAAGUAAAGACGCAGCGGCGGCGGGGUCCAAUCGUCCAGGCGGUGCGAUCCGCGUCUGCGGUGAUGAGAGCGGUGAUAGAGUCACGGCGGGAACCUCUGUGCCCUUCUGCUCCAUGGCUCACGCCCAGCUGUGCUUCCACGGACACAGAGACGCCGUCAAGUUCUUCGCCGCAGUCCCAGUGCAGGUGAUUGCAUCUGCGGGGUCAGGGGUCGAGGCGUCCGAUUCGCCGGAGCUGGUGAAGUCUGUGCUGGUCAUGAGCGGAGGAGAGGGUUACAUUGACUUCAGGAUGGGAGAUGAAGGAGGAGACACAGAAAACAUCAGCAAACCCACUCUCAACCUGCAGCCCCUGCUGGCCAAAGCUGAACGCGGUCACCUCAUCGUGUGGCAGGUCACGACUGGCGAGGAGUGACGUCGCUCCAGACGCGCUUUGGACCGUUUUCAGGCGCUUCUGCUUUAUUUAAGACGUUUCGAGCAUUGGCUUAUAGCAUUUCUACCAUGCAAAUCACCAAAGAAUGACGUAUUCAGACUGUUAGUUUGCGCUUUCAGUAUGAAUUGUGCUUUUGCUCUUCAUCUUUGGCAAGUGUUUCCUUCACGCAGAUUGCAAAUAAUGGGCGGUCCGUAUUUUUUGGGUGAAAGCACAACGGGAUGAUGCACAGUGCACUACAUCUUAGCUAGGAAAGCUUUUGUGUUUGUUCGUAGGAUGUUUUCACCAAUAAGUGCUUUUUCAAUUCUUAAAUCAUCCACUUUUUUCAUAUGAAUGUCGCACGGUUACCAAAGGAUAGAGAAAUCAUUUAAUAGCUUCAUUGAUGGAUUCUAGAUCACUUUGUGUCUCGCAGAUCCACGUUUUGCUCGUUCGCCUAUUUUUUAACACUCUUGCAGUUUUUGCAGGAAAGUAGUGCGUAGAGACAAAUGUGUAUUUUUAUGACUCUUUUGUACACGUCUUUUAGACUCUAAUGUAGAGCAUCUAGAGCUGCUUCGUGUGCAGGAGAGCAGAAACAACCUCCUGUCGCAAACUAAACUUUGCAGUAUUUAUUUCUAUGAACGAGCCUUUGCAGUUCAGAAUGUAACUUUGUACAUUGAAUAUAAAUAGAUACAAAAUACAGAUAUGUAUAUGAAAUGUAGACUGCUUGGAUUUGAGUUUUUUUGAUAAUGUAAAUCAGGUUGAUUGAUUGAUCGUGGGCGGAUCAAAAUAACGGACUACAGAAAUGUAAAAAAAAUCACUGAGCUAUGCACUAUUUUUAAAGGACUGUGUGUGUGUGUGUGUGUUUAGAUGAGUGUGUUAUGCCAGCAUUUUGUGGACCGGAAGAGUGCGCCGUCCCAUAAUCCUCCAGGUUUGGGCACUUCUUAUCUGUAAGAACGGAGCGGACAUCUCCCAGAAUC